GUUACUACUAUUUUUUUCUGAUAUUGGUGGAGAGAGGACAUCUGCCUCAAAAUGGGGCGGCGAUCCACUUCGUCCACCAAGAGUGGGAAAUUCAUGAAUCCCACAGACCAAGCCCGGAAGGAGGCAAGGAAGAGGGAGCUGAAAAAAAACAAGAAGCAAAGGAUGAUGGUUCGAGCUGCUGUUUUAAAAAUGAAAGACCCAAAGCAGAUAGUCCGUGAUAUGGAGAAACUUGAUGAGAUGGAGUUCAAUCCUGUUCAGCAGCCCCAGCUCAAUGAAAAAGUCCUGAAAGAUAAACGUAAGAAACUCAAAGAGACUUUUGAGCGAAUUCUCCAUCUGUAUGAGAAGGAGAACCCCGAAACAUACAAGGAUCUUCGCAAAAUAGAAAUUGAUUAUGAGCACAAGCGAUCUCAACUCAGCCAGUAUUUUGAUGCUGUCAAGAAUGCUCAACACGUGGAGGUGGAAAGUAUUCCAUUGCCAGAUCUGCCCCACGCUCCCUCCAAUAUUCUCAUUCAGGACAUCCCACUGCCAGGAGCUCAGCCGCCCUCUAUUCUUAAGAAGACCUCUGCCUAUGGUCCUCCAGGCAGAGGAGUUUCCAUGCCUUUUCCCCCAGGACAUGGAGUUCCACGUUUACCCCCUGGGAAAAAACCUCCAGGGCCACCCCCUGGACCACCUCCCCCGCAAGUCCUACAAAUGUAUGGGCGAAAGGUUGGCUUUGCACUGGAAAAUAUUAGAAGAAGGGAUGAGGAGGCAAGGUACAGCCCUGAAUCAGGUCAAAGAGGCCAUCAUGAUGGAUCCAGCUCAAGUGAAGAUGAGGGCUAUCCAGUUGAGAUGGAGCAGGAUAAAGAUGAAGGCAGCACAGAUGAUGAGAGUGACAGUAACCCAUCAGAUGGCAGAGACAGCGAGGAAGAGCAAUAUGCUCCGGAGGAAGAGAGAAGGGGUAGUGGGGAUAUGAAAGGUCAUAAUGUGAGGUUUGCUGAUGCCCCCGAAAAGUCUCGCAAAAAGAGAAAGAAGAAUGUCAAGGAUCUGACUCCACUGCAGGCAAUGAUGUUGCGUAUGGCUGGCCAGGAGUUAGCAGAAGAAGAGGAAGAUCAUGAUGCGGAAGAAUACUCAAGCUCAUCAUCCUCCGAAGAGGAUUCAGACUCAGACGAGACUCAGCAUGCUGAAGAUGCUAAGGCUGAAAGCACUGAAAAUAGCACUUCAGCACCAAUGACUGUACCCCCACCUGUUACUGUACCACCACCUCCACUGUCCAUGCCUCCUACUAUGAUGACAGGACCUCCACCACUUGGUCUUCCUCCAGUUCCACCCCUCAGGCCACCUGGACCACCAUCUGGAAUGCCUCCAGGUCCACCUCCAGGCGCACCUCCGUUCCUAAGGCCUCCUGGACUCCGUGGCCCACCACCACGUCUGCUACCUCCUGGACCACCCCCUGGCCGACCACCUGGCCCUCCUCCAGGUCCUCCACCAGGUUUGCCCCCAGGACCACCCCCUCGAGGCCCGCCUCCUCGUCUACCUCCACCAGCACCUCCAGGUAUGCCGCCACCUCCCCGUCCAAUGAUGCGUCCUCCAUUGGGACCCCCUCCAGGCACUGCUCCCCCAGGGCUUUUCCCUCCAGCAGCUCUUGCAAACCCAGGUGUGCUGAGUGCCCCUCCAAGCUUAAUACAGCGACCCAAGUCAGACGAAAGUGGGGCUACUAUUGAAAAGAAAGCGACCGCCACCAUCAGCGCAAAACCACAGAUCACUAAUCUCAAAGCCGAGGUUAUGCGGUUUGUGCCCACUGCCCUCCGUGUUCGCAGAGAGAAUAAGGGCACAGUAGCAGCUUCAGCACCGAAGAAACCAGAAGAGGAUGUUGCAAGGCCUGUGUCUAAAGCAGGUCCUAAAACUGGAUCACAAAUGCAAGUGAAGACCAAGGACGAUAUGUAUGAAGCGUUUAUGAAAGAAAUGGAAGGUCUCCUUUAGACUUCUUUCAUCAGUCCAUCCCACUGUUUUUGGUUUACAUGUUCCACCGUAAAAAAAUUAGACCAGUCCGUAAACAUAUGACUAGAUCCAAGGAGCACAAAAUAGCAUGAAUUAAUCUCUCCCUUGCUGUGGUCUGUGUGAAUACAGGUAGACUCCGCAAAACCAAUUUAUCCAUGUAAAUCCACCUUUUUUUCUCAGUGAACCUAGAAUUUGGAAGGCGCACACCCAAUUUGAUAAUACUGAGGUGUUAAUAUCAAAGAGACUGCCCAUUUGAAGCCUCCUAAACAAAUUGCUACAAAACAAGCAUAA